AUGGUUAUCAGUCGGAAGUUGCAGGUUCUCGAGGACUACAUUAAUUUCGUCAAGGCUAAGGAGCCUCGUUUGGCGGCAUCUCUGCUCACCACAUCUCUGCUUACCACAUUGACUAAAGGCUUUGGUGGUGAAGAAAAGAUGUGGGCUCUUUUGCAGACUGCAAGGUUGAAUGGCCCCACCAAGCACCAGGCCGAUGUUAUGGAAACUUCUCUACUAAAAAAGUGGGCGGAUGAAGGUCAGUUGCCAGAAAACGUCUUUCAAUGGCUAAGGCUUCCCAACAAAGUGGACGACGCUUUCAAAUCCAAUAACUUGAACAAGUUUGCGACCUACGUCGACGAUUUUAAUAGCCUUGACAAGGAACCCAACAGCAAAAAGUCAGUGAUUGAGAUCUACACGAACUCUUUUGGAGACGCUAGGGUGGCAGGGAGACUCAUGUCAGCAAUGGACAGUGAGCGUACAAGAAAGGUUGCGAAGAAGCUACAGGCAGAGCAGGUGGAGCAUUGGGCCAAGAGCACGAAGUCAGCUGAAGAUGUGGUCAAAAUCCUGAAGAUUCAGAGCGAUGAAGCGGCAGCAAUUACUCGACGGAAAUUGGCCGCACUGCAAGAGUUCAGCAAGCUGAAGGGUGAAGAACAAAACUUAAUCAAGAUUUUGACGGAGAGUCUUGGUAGUAAAGGUACCCUGGCAACGACUUUGGAAAGUGCAACUGUGCCCUCGCAUACUACAACGUUGCAGAAAAAACAAUUUGCAUCGCUGAUAGAAGACAGUGUCACACCGGCGAACUUUAUGACCUCUGUAUUCAACACGGGUGUCGAGUCCGCUACGGUUGUGCAGAAAAGGAUUGCGGACAAGUUCACGUCGUUCUUCAAGAAUACGAGAAGGAGUGAUUAA